AUGGCCCAAUCCAACAUCCACUCCACAGGUCGCGGUGGCGCCGGAAACAUCGGCCCCGAUGACAACGUCUACGUAGCCGGCGACAUCACCCGCGAAGGCAUCCACGGCUCCUCCAACGCCAAAGAAUACUCCAACGGCCGAGGCGGAGCAGGCAACAUCAUCCCCGCGACCGAGAAAGGAGCUUCUAUCGAUGCCGUCCCCGAAUCCGCCACGCGACACGAGGGUUCCAUGGGGUAUGAUAAAUUCCACACGGGGAGGAGUGGGGCCGGGAAUGUGUACAAGGAAAAGUAUGGAGGUCAUUCGAAUCCGCAGACUCCUGAGCAGAAACCUGUCAAGGAGGGAGGGAUUGUGGAGAAGGUGAAGCAUGUUAUGGGGUUGGACAAGAGGGAGAAGACGCCUGAGGUGGAGGGCAAGUGA